CCGCCGCGAGCCAAUAAAGCGUCAACCCGUCCGUCCGGCUCGCACUUUAAGACUUCCCGAGCGGCCGCGGGGACGCCAGUCGAGCCGGGAGACGCUUACCUGCCGCUUCCCCGCGCCGCCCGGUGUACCUGGCCGCAAGGGACCUCGUUCGCAGGGAGGACGGCGACACUCCGCGGAGUUGGAACCGGCGCGCGCCGUCCGGGCUCGGACCUUUCCCGGAACGUAGGGGCGCCUUAGCGACUCCUUCCCUGCUGUGCCCCGUUCCCGGCGUUCAGCCCGGCUCCGCAAAGGUGGGACGGCUCCCGGCUUCAGUUACGGAAGUGGCCCGUGUCCAGCGACGAGGGUUCGAAAAUGCCCCGCGCUUUCCUGGUGAAGAAGCCGUGCGUCUCCACGUGCAAGAGGAACUGGAGCGAGCUCCCAGACGAGGAGCGCGGCGAGAUCUACGUGCCAGUCAGCCUGGGCUUCUGCCCACCACAACCCUACCGGGAGCCGGAGCCCUCUGUGGCCGAACCCCCUUCCUGCCCCCUGGCUUUGAACAUGAGCCUUCGAGACUCUAGCUACAGUGUGGCCCCUGGGCCCUGUGUGGUGGCCCAGCUGCCCUCUGAAGACAUGGGACACUUGACAGACCCCCAGAGCAGAGACCAUGGCUUCCUGCGCACCAAGAUGAAGGUGACCCUUGGGGACAGUCCCAGUGGAGACCUGUUCACCUGCCACAUCUGCCAGAAGGCCUUCACCUACCAGCGCAUGCUGAACCGCCACAUGAAGUGUCACAACGACGUCAAGAGGCACCUCUGCACAUACUGCGGGAAGGGCUUCAAUGACACCUUCGACCUCAAGAGACACGUCCGAACUCACACUGGCGUGCGGCCCUACAAGUGCAGCCUGUGUGACAAGGCCUUCACGCAGCGCUGCUCUCUGGAGUCUCACCUCAAGAAGAUCCAUGGCGUGCAGCAGAAGUACGCGUACAAGGAGCGGCGGGCCAAGCUGUAUGUGUGUGAGGAGUGUGGCUGCACAUCUGAGAGCCAGGAGGGCCACGUCCUGCACCUGAAGGAGCACCACCCUGACAGCCCACUGCUGCGCAAGACUUCCAAGAAGGUGGCCGUGGCACUACAGAACACUGUCACUUCCCUGCUGCAGGGCAGCCCCCACCUGUGAGUGGCUCGAGCCCUGGGGGUGCUCCCAGAGGCCCUGAGAGGGUCCAGGGUUGCCUCCCAGCUGCCUGACCAGCCCACCCUUCUGCGACCUCUCACCCGAACACCAGUGAUCAGGACUGGAGCCCCCGUGCCUUGGUCUCCCCUCUGGGCACACGUGUUCACUCAGGCCCAGCAAUGACCUCUGCUCAUUUUUGCAUUUUUAACUUAUGGGCUGAGGCUGCUCUGAGCCUGAGAAGAUGUGCCUAUGUCUGGAGAUGGGAUGAGGCCAAGGCUGCCUUCAAUUAGAAGCAGCCGCCCACAGAGACAGGCACUGUGUGCCCGGCAGCAGGACUUCCUACCCAGAGGAAAUUUGAGCUAGGAUCCCACUGCCCCCGCCUCUCAGCACAGGGCAGGGGCUGCAGGUCCCCAGUGGACAGCAGAGUCAAAAGCACUGGCAAAGGGCACCUCUGCAAACAACCGUGGUGGGGGCUGGCAGCGAACCCCCCACCUGGCAGGGCUUCCUCUAAUGCUCAGGGUUCUGGAGGGCUCUGUCCUUCUGGCAAGGAGAGGCACACGUGUGUGCCCAGCCGUGUGUGUGCAUGUGCUUGUGUGUAUGCACUGCUCUGUGUGUGCGUGCAUGUGUACACACAGAAAGCCUUUCCACAUAUCACCUCAUUUCUAAGAAAUAAACUGCAAGGUGCCA